AAAGCUUUGUAUAUCAUCAUUCAUCAAAGUCUAUUUGAAACACUUUAGGGAGCAUGCCUUCCCUUAUUCUAUCUCGUCUAUUAAAAAGCAUUCGUCCUAUAAAUGGUCCUACCUUUAAAAAAAAAAAAAAAGAUUGUCCGACUCCGAGAUUAAUCAUAUUUUUUUAUAGAAAAAACAACAAGAAUAAAUAAUAUAAACGGAAUCAAUCUGAGGUCUUAACAUCAUCAACCAAGACUUUAACCAAUUAAAGUACUUCCUCCGUUUCAUAUUACUCGUUACACUCCUCAAUUCACGGAUUCCUCGACAAUUUUUGCAGAAGAGAGAGGUAGAGAGUAAAAAGAAAAGGGACCCUUGUGAGAAGAGAGAGAUUAUUACCUAAAAAGAAAGUGUGACAAGUAAUUUGAAACUUCCCACAAUAAAAAAAUGCAGCGAGUAUUAUAAAACCGAGGAAGUAGUUGACAUUCAUCUAUUUGCACCAACCUUAAAAAGAAAACUAAGGUACAAAACAGAAUAAGAAUAGCGCAGAUACAGUAUCACUCAGGAUACACUUUGAGAUCCUAGUAACUGCAGAAAAAGGAAAUAAAUCUUCAUCUCCAACUCUCAAACUUUAUAAAACAGUAUCAUAUGAUCUCAUUAGUAGUUUAAUACUAUCAUACUCCAAAAUUGCCUCUUCAAAAAAAUAAAAACCUAAGCCAAAACAUUCAGACACAAAUUCUUAAAUUUGUGGAAUUUCAGAGGAAAAACAGGGGGAGAAAAUAGAUGAAGAGGACGAGUUACAAGUUUGACUCGGUGUUGAUAAUGAGUCGACUCAGGUCACUUCAUCUUUUAUUGGGUCUUCUUUUUGUUUAUUUUUUCUUAAUGACUACUCAAUUUCCAGUACUUUUCCGUUUCUUAGAAAAAAACCGAACUUCAUCACGUUUCCUUCACGAAACGCCACGUCCUUCAAAAACGCCUGAUAUUCUCUCUAACAUAGUUUUCCGACAAACAAUCUCCGACAACAAAAACAGCUCUAUUUACAAAACUGCCAUGCAAGCAUGGAUCGUGGGCUCACAAUUAUGGGCCCACACGAAAGCCCAAAAGGGCCCACCGACGAAGGAAGUAUCGGCGGUGAUGACGUGUCCAGAAAAGGUGACGUUUACAGAGUCGAAGUUUAAGGGAGUUGUGAGGUUACCAUGUGGGCUGACGCUUGGGUCGCAUGUGACAGUUGUGGGCCAGCCCAGGAAGGCCCACAAAGAGAAAGAACCGACUAUAUCGUUGGGGAAAGAUGUGACGGUGUCUCAGUUUAUGGUGGAGUUGAGGAGAGAGAAAGUUGUUAGAGGGGAAGAGGCUGCUAGGUUUCUGCAUUUUAAUCCUAGGAUUAAAGGGGAUUGGAGUGAGAAGUCCGUCAUUGAGAUGAAUCACUGUUUUCGUGGUCAGUGGGGUACCGCCGUUCGUUGCGAAGGCUGGCGUUCGCCGUCCACGGAAGAGACUGUUGAUGGGCAGGUUAAAUGUGAGAAAUGGAUUUAUCAUAAUGCUAACCAGUUCGAAGAGUCGAAGACUACUUUAUGGUUGGGCAGAUUGAUGGGACAGAGGAAAAAGGUCGAAUUGGACUGGCCUUAUCCUUUUUUAGAAGAGAAGCUCUUUGUUCUUACCAUCACCACUGGCUUGGAAGGUUAUCAUAUCAAUGUCAAUGGACGGCAUAUUACCUCAUUUGCUUAUCGAAAUGGAUUUGACUUAGAAGAUCCCAUGUCGCUUCAUGUGUAUGGGGAUGUUGAUGUACAUUCUGUAUUUGCUGCUUCCUUGCCCACAUCACAUCCUAGUGUUGCUCCUGAGAGGCAUCUUGAGAUGUCACCUAAGUGGAAGACUCAACCACUUCCUAAUGCACCUGUUGAUCUUUUGAUUGGCAUAAUAUCUGCUGGAGACCAUUUUGCUGAACGUAUGGCGGUCCGUAAAUCUUGGAUGCAACAUGACUUGGUUAAAUCGUCAAUCGUUGUAGCCCGCUUCUUCGUAGCACUGCAUGAAAGAGAAACUAUAAAUGUGGAGUUGAAGAAAGAAGCUGAGUUUUUUGGUGACAUUAUCAUUGUGCCGUACCUGGACAACUAUGACCUUGUUGUUUUAAAGACUCUAGCAAUUUGUAAAUACGGGGUGCAUAUUUUGUCUGCAAAAUAUAUCAUGAAAUGCGAUGAUGAUACCUUUGUAAGGGUAGAUGCUGUGCUUGAGGAAGCACGACAAGUCAAUAGUCACAAGAGCCUCUAUGCUGGGAAAAUGAAUUACUAUCACAAGCCCCUGCGUAGUGGUAAAUGGGCGGUAUCAUAUGAGGAAUGGCCAGAUGAAACUUAUCCACCAUAUGCUGAUGGACCUGGUUAUAUUGUGUCUUCAGACAUUGCGCAUUUUAUAGUGAAAGAAUUUCAGAAGAACAGAUUGAGAUUGUUCAAGAUGGAAGAUGUGAGUAUGGGGAUGUGGGUUGAGCAGUUCAACAGCUCAAGACCAGUGGAAUAUCUGCACAACCCGUAUUUCCUCCAGUUUGGUUGCAUUGACAAUUAUUACACCGCACAUUAUCAAUCCCCAAAACAACUCAUAUGUUUGUGGGAGAGACUGCAAAGUGAAGGAAAACCGAUUUGCUGCAACCUAUAAAUUUUUUACCAGUUGGACAAAAUUUAUCCCUCCUUUACUGCUCGGAAAUUAUAGGAACUACAAAGUGGCACAAUCAGAGAGAUUUUGAAUUGUAUAUAGCUUAUACAUAGAUCCGUCUGAUGAGUUCAGAAUUAGGUGUAAACAAGGGGAGGUGGCUAGUUCCGGACAUGUAUACGAGGGAUUUUAUCUAUUUAUUUUGAGGUUCAUAUAAAUCAAUAAAAAUUCGAGAUCUGGUUCGUACA